AUGGAAGAAUUGCUUGAUUGGCUGGAAGUUAGAAUCUCAUCUUCUUUAAGACCAAGAGCAGAUGAGAUUAAACAUUUACUAACGGAUCAUCAUUACAGAUGUUUUCUAUUGGAGUUUUUAAAAAAUGAAGAUGUUCAUGCCUUGUAUAUAUACUUCAAACUUGCAAAGAGUUCUCUGGCAGCCUCACUUUCUCCUCCACCGGCACUUCAGAAUAAAUGUAUAUGUUUCAUUAAACUGGGAGCCACUGCAAAACUAACAUUAGAUAAUAUAGCUAAUAAUGUGAUAACUGUGGAUUGCGCUAAACUUCCACUGAAGUACAUUGAUAUGGUUCUACAUCAAGUGUAUUUGCCUCUUCUCUGCAAUGACAAUAUUAUGGCAGGAAAGGCUUUAAGCACUGACAAAAUCAUUGACAUCCUGCAUAGGUUUAUGGGAAACCUGGCAGUAAUGGCAGGUCAUGCAGAGGGUUCAAUUGUUCUCCCAUUUCCUUCAACUGAAAUAUUGAACAGUCCACCAUUAUCCAAUAAAAGAGGAGUUGCAAUUCAUAUAUUGGAAACUUCAGUUAUUGGCUGGAUAAGACAAAUCAAGGUGGUACUGAAACAUGAGCCUCUCACAGAAAUUAAAAGCCAGGGCCAAAAAGCUGGGAUUUACCAUGAACAAGACAUGUGGAGCAGGCACAUCUAUAACCUGCAGUCUAUAAUCAAGCAGCUGAGUUCUGCUGAGGCCAGAGAUAUUGUCUCUAAUUUGCAGCUGGCGAGAAGCACUUAUGGGCAUUCCAUAACAGCAGUCAAACGGGAUGUAGAAAAGGCGCUUUAUCAGGCUGAAGAAAAUGCAACAUAUUUGAAGACAAUAAUUCAGUGGUAUAAUCGAUUGAAUGCGGCUAAAUCUCCUGCUGAGAAACAAAAAACAUUUUCACCAAUGUUACACAGUUUAUUUUUAGUGUGGACACAUUCAAGGUAUUAUCAUCAAAGCAAAGUGUUUUUAAACCUUCUCAGACUGAUGUCCAAUCAAGUGAUGGAAAUAGCAGGGACUCUACUAGGAAGAAAUAUUUUAGAUAGUCCUCAGGCAUACAGUUACCUAAAGGAAGCUUUAAAAAUCUGUGCUACAUUCCGUGGAACCUACCUCGAUAUCAAAGCUAAGGCUGAUGAGAUCAACUCCAAGAAAAAUGCAGAAAAUGCAUCUCAAAUUUCAUUGAAAUCAGCAGACACAUUAUGGAAAAUCAGAAUGUACGGACCUCUAGCUCCAAAGAUUAGUGGCAAAGAAUGGCCAAUAGCUAGAGAGAGGAAAGAGAAUGACGAAGAGCCGGCGGCGUGGGUCGAUUCACCAUGGCCUCUGCAUAAUGCCAGCUGCUUCCAAAACAUGAACAUGUUCAUGGAAAGGUGCAAUGAUGUUCUGGACCUUGUGGAGACCAUGAGGCAUUUUCAGGUUCUGAAAACUGUUGCUGCAAUAGGAGGGGCAGGAACAUCUAGUUCUGAUGCUAUGGUGAAGGACAUUUGGGAGACAUACUGCUCAGUCAAAGACAACUUUGUUAACAGCAUAACAGAUAUUUUUGUCACUGACAAAAACAGCCCUUUUGAAAAAGUGUUUUUUGACUUCAGGACUUCAAUAAAGAGUCUAGAACACCAGCUAGGUUGCAUUAUAAGAAGCAGUUAUGACCAGUGUCCUACAAUAAUGUCACAGCUAAGGCUACUAGAAGUGUUUGAAGGUAUCAGUAGAAGAGAUGUUGUGAAGGAUCACUUAAAGGACAAAGAUGAGGAAUUGAUCUCUAUGUUUAUAGAAGAACUUACUGAAGUGAAUAACAUUUACCAAGCAAUGGCAGAUAGUCCACCUCUACACAUUAACAUGACCCCUACAGUUAGCAAACUAAUGUGGAUUAAAGGAUUGAAGGCCAGAAUUUAUGACCCCAUGGGGAAACUGAGACAAGUAUCUCCUCUCUCACUCGAAGGGGACAUGGGCUGGAAACUUAGACACCUGCACACAGAAACAACAGAAGAACUGGAAAGGUUUGAAAGUAAUGUGAUGAAUUGUUGGCUUUCUGCUAUAAAUAAAGACCUGAAUGAUGCUGUGAAGAUGCCUUUGCUUAAAGCUACUGAUUUACAUCAUGAUCCAAAUGAAUAUCUACAUACGAUAGAAUUGAAUCUUAAACCAGGACUCUUAGUUUUUUUGAGAGAAGCCGAGUACCUGCUGAAACCACCCUUCAUGAUAAAGUUGCCUGAAACUAUUGGAUCUGUGGUUAGCAGCCUGGAUAUAAACAAACUGAAGAUACUAUCUGCUCGCAUGGAGAUCAUUACAUCAAAAUACAAUGAAUUAAUGAAAACAAUUUCCUACCACCAGAUGUCACUUUUUGAGAAGAAAUUGUUAAAAAUCAAUGAGAUUCUGAAAGACGGAAUGAAUUUCUUCACAUGGAGCAUGGAUGAGAGCACAGAUUAUACUGAACUGGCAACUUCCUAUGUUUGUACAGACCUUUAUACCAAUUUCAACACUGUUAAAAACAAUUACAAGGUCAUUACUGAACUCACUGCUGCUUGGUGCAAUGCAAACCUUGAUAUUUUCACCUGUCGGGAUUUUAGCAGAAGUUAUUCCAUUUCAGAAUUGAUAACAAAGCAAAAGGAACUGGAGAAUCAAUUAGAAACGGUGCUUAUUUCAGAUGGGCAGAAAAUGCAUGAGUUUGUCCACCAGUCCUUUGUAGCAACUGGUCUUAGUGAGGCGUCUCCUGCUUGGCAAGAGUAUUUAAUGCACAUUGAUACCCUAAUCUUGCAAGGACUAAAAAAUGUAACUAUAACCAGCUUGGCUGCUCUUCUGAAUACACUUCUGGAUAGUGAACAUGUUCCUAUUCUGUGCAUUGUAGUCGAAUUGAUUAAUAGUGAAGUUGCAUUUAAUCCACCACUGGACCUCAGCACAUCUGAAGGAAGCGUAAUGGAGUAUAUAGAGGGGUGGCUUAAAGUAAUUUUACUAAGAGGCACAUACGUAAAAGGAUUUUCUAAUACUGUCAAGGGUGGCUACCAGGAGUAUAUUUCAGCAAAUGAAGAAGCACUGCAGUUGGUUGGCCUUACCUUGCAGCAUGUGGAGAAAUGUGUUCAUGAUUGUCAGGCUAUAUUAGAGGUUUUCAGAGAUUUUGCUUACCUUUGGAAAAAAGAUAUUAGUAAGGAAUUCCAGAAUUUUCUUUAUGGCAAGCAAACAUUGAAAUCUUCAGUAGAUAAAGAUUUUACAACAGAUGAAUUGGAUUCUUUGAGCAAGAGCACAACUGGUAGCAGUACAAUGUAUCAGUCUAGACUCUUGGAGGAUGCUGAAAGGACAUUCACUCUUCCCAAAACUACAACUGGUCAGAUAGCGACUGGACCAUUGCUAGAGGAGUUUGAUUCUGAGAUAUCUGCACACAAGAUUGUUAGAGAUAAAAUUGAAAAGCUCCCAGAUUUUCAGCGCUGUAUGUGGAUUGAUGUGGAUUUCCAUCCCGUCAAACAGGUUCUCACUGCAUAUUCACUCAAAUGGAUGUGGACCUUCACCAAAUACCUUAUAGACCAGACAUCAACUCAUUUACGAAGCUUAGACUUCUUCCUGAAAAAUACAGAGCCACAAAUAGAAAGUAUAACAGGAGAAGAACGAGACACUGGAUCCUUUAUGAAAAUGAUGCGCCUUUUUAAUGAGGUUUCGUCAAAACAAGUGGAAAUGGAGGUGCAGUUUACUGUAUUACAGAAAACAGUAACUCUUAUAGAAAAGCAUGAUGCAGUUCUCCCUGCUGAGAGCGAAGUUCUUUUCAGAACAAUGCCCUCACGCUGGAACAGUCUGAAGACCAAAGUUUCACUUGCCAAACAGCGCCUGGGUCCCCGGAUUCAACAAGAAGCAGAAGGGGUUACAAAGGAUCUUGAACAAUUUCAACAUAAACUUGAUAUUCUAGGUGUUGAGAUAGAAAAUUCAGAAGUGUUCAUGUACAACUGUACAUCGCAAAAAGCAUUUAUGGUCGUAGAUAAUUUUACCUCAGAGAUACAAAUUCUGAAAAAUGAGGCAAAAGACUUGACAGAACUUCAAGAACUACUGGAGACCACUGUUGUAGAUUUUUCUAUUUUACAAAGUUGUGAGGAUUUACUAAGGAAUCUCAGAAUUGUUUGGCAGCAAGUCGAUUCAAUCCUUAAAGAGCAGGACAUCUGGAAGAAUGAACUAUGGCAGAACUUGGAUACUAAGGAACUGAUGAAGCGAACAAGCCAUCAACUGAAAGUUUUGCAGGCUCUUCCAGAAGAAGUUCAGGGUUGGAACAUUUACAUAAAGGCCUUGGAAGCUGUUAAUGUCAUUCACCUUACACUGCCUCUGAUUGAAGACCUCAAUAACCCAGCCAUGAGGACCAGGCAUUGGAAUCAGCUCGUGCGACACACAGGGGGGGUGCUUCGUGUCACUGCAGAAAGCUUAAAAGCAAUGACACUCGGAGAUCUGCUAGUUCUAGAUCUACAAGAGCACACCGGCACUGUGAGGACAACGGUGCAGCGAGCAAUGCGGGAUGUGACUAUUGAAAGCGCAUUAACAAAUUGUGAAGAAGUCUGGCUGAGCAGAAUAUUUGACCUUCAUCCUCACUGCAGAGUUAUUGCAGCCAGAGCACACAAUGAGGAGGUUGCAAGCUCUAUAUCUGGAAGUCACCAAACUAAAGCAGACUAUGGGAGACAUUUUACAGCCAGCAGAAGCAGCAGAAGAUUAAGCAGACAGUCUGACAAGGCACUUCACGUUAUCAAAAAGGGAAACAAAGGAAGCACAAUGUCAUUAUAUGAAUCACUGAAAUAUAUUGAGGAGUUUGGAACAGUUAUGCUCUUGAGUAGCACAAAUUCCAUAUUUGAAGAACUUGAGCAUCAUCAGCUGGUGCUCAGUAGCAUGCAGCCAUAUGCUGAGGCCGGGGCGUUCCUGGAUGAAGUCACAAAGUGGCAAAAGAAGUUACAAGCAAUAGAGAUAAUUGUUCAGCAGUGGAUCUUGGUCCAAGAAAAGUGGACUCAGCUGGAAGAGGUAUUUUCCACAUUGGCAUUUCGAAUUUCAAUGCCCAGAGAAGCUGCUUUAUUUGCUGAUGUCCACCAUAAUUUUUGUCGGCUAAUGAAAGCUGUGGAAGAAAAUCCAAACAUCUUACAGAACUGCAUGAGAAGAGGUUUACAGUCAAUGUUAGAUCAGUUGAAUUACAAAUUAGAGCGUUGCCAGAAGGCUGUCCGGCUUCACUUGGAGCAGAAAAGGAUGGCUUUUCCAAGAUUUUUCUUUUUAUCAUUGGAAGAUACUCUCAAUAUUGUGUGCUAUGGUUAUGAUCUUGGCAUUGUAAGUGGUUAUAUGGAAAAGUUAUUUCAACAUGUGCACAGUCUUAUCUAUCAUUUAAAUGACUCUGAUCAUGACUGCCACAAAAUCUUAGGAGUAAGAAGCUGUUUGGGGGAAGAAUUGUACCUCAGAGAGCCCCUUGAAUGCAAAGGUCCUGUGGAGAGUUGGCUGCCUCAGCUUGUAAACAGCAUAAAAGCAUCUCUUCAGCAUCACCUGUGGGCAGCUCUAGAGCACACAGAGUCUGGCGUACAGAGGCGAAGAGAAAUACACAGUGCUGGAGCUCGGCGGGUGGUAAUAAACAGGGCAGCCUCCCAAGGGGAGUCUACAGCAGACAGAAGUAUACCAGUGAACGUAGAGAAGAGUUCUCUCUUACCACUCACAAGGCAUUUUAUCCUAAAAACACUAAAUGAUGUGGGUUACCUCUCAACUCAGAUUAAUUUCAGCUGGGAUUUGAAACAAAUCAUAAAUCUGGGCACUGACAGCUGCAAAGAAAAAUUACAGGGCUGCCUUAAGGAUCUGACAGAAGGAAUUGAGUAUGCUGCCAAGAUAUUAAAUGAAAUUCCCCAGGAAGUCAUUCAGCAACAUUCUGAGAGAACCUCAAAGGCAGAGAGGGAAGGAAAUGGGCAAGGUAACUUAGAUGAAGGAUUGCUCUCUGGCUGUGUACAUGAAAAUGAUGAGGAUUCCCGAAGAGCGCCAAAUGCAGAUCAGCAAAUUUACAAAACUUCCUUAUCAGCUGGAGAUGCAGUAAAACUCACUAAUCACAUCCUUGUCCUUUUAUAUCAGCGGGAUGUGACAGAGGAGUUACUGUCUAAAACAGCGCCCAUUUGGAGUCAGCCUUUGUGUUAUGAACAUGAUGGCAACACUCUGGAGAUCAAUGUAAAGAUUGGUGACUCUGAUAUCAUCUAUGGGUAUGAGUACCAAGGAUUAGCCGAACAUCAACUCAUCACUCCACUAACUGAGAGAACUUUUCUCAGCAUCAUCACUGCAGUUUCGUAUGGCAUGAGUGCACUGUGCAUAGAUACAGAGGGAACUGAGAAAGGUUCAACAGUGAGAGAAUUGUGUCUGGCCCUUGGAAAGCCUCUCUUUUGCUUUAAUUGCACACAAAGCACUGAUUUCAGAAUUCUUCGUGAUAUUGGUAAAGGACUGGCUGCUGCAGGAGCCUGGAUUUGCUUGAAUGGACUUGAGCAAUUAACACAGUCCAAUCUCACCAACCUAGCUCACCUGCUGGCACAGAUUCAGUAUGCACGUCAUUGUGGGAAAGAAUCAGUCACUUUACAUAUGGAUGAAGUUUCUUUAAAUACAUCAGGGGCGUGUAUUGCAAUCAUUAAAAGGAUGCCAAAUGAUGCUCUGAACUGGAAUAUUUAUCCUACAUCCUGUAAGCUUCCCAACACUCUCCUCAACUGCUUUCGAAUAAUAGGAGUAACUUGUGUUCCUGUAAAUUACUUUUUGGAGGCCAAACUGCUUUUGAAUGGUUUCUCACAUGUUCCUUUUCUUGCACAGAAGCUUUCUGCCUUGUUUGAUUCAUUAGCAAAGCUUUGUAAACCAAGCCUAGCACCAUAUGGUUCACCUGUAACUGAAAUGCUUGCCUGCUCAUCCAUAUUUGACCUCACCUACCUUCUUGAGGAAGCAAAAUACAUUCUACAAUCACUACAAAGGAACCAUGUAGACAAACACGAAAAAGAGUUGGGCGGUGAACACCAAAACUGGCAGCUGGUACUUGAGGACCGAGCAAUAAUCGCUGCAGUCCAUCUAUGCUGGUUACCCCAAUUAUCAGCAGAAAAGGCUCAAGUGUUCCAGGCUAUUUUGGCUGCAGAGUGGCCAAACACUCUCAUUUCCACGAAUAACUCAAAUCUGUUGAAUAGCAUGGAUGGUCUGAUCCCUGCAGUCAUUGCUGAGAAAUAUGGUCCUGGACAGCAGGUUCCCUCAUCUGAAUCUAUAGAAGAAACCAGCAUCCCAAGUGCAAUAAUAAAAGCUGCAGAAAAAUGUCAUAUUUUUCCCAGUAACACAUUUGUAUCCAAAGUUUCCCAUCUGGUUCAGCUGGCACCAAAGUACCAAACAGUGGUAGUAACAGGUCCUCCAGGGUGUGGAAAGACUAAAUGUAUAGAAACAUACGUGGAAACUCUAAAGCUAGAGGGAAAAAAAGUCAGCAUGAACAUGGUUUUCAUCAAAGCGCUUCAGACUGAACACCUUCUGGGCUUCAUUAAUGAAGAGUGGGUUGAUGGUUUAUUGCCCCAGUUGCUAAGAAAGUAUUGUCAGAAAAGCACCACAGAUGAUAACAAAGUUGAUAUCUUGCAAUUGGAUGGAGAGGUUGAUAACCAUCAAAUGGAAAUCAUGCAGAACUUAUUUUGUGGUUCAGAUGUUUUUAUCACAGAAAUAAAUGAACGGAUCAGAAUCUCUGAAUCUCUUCAAGUUUUUUGGGAGCUUGAUACAUUAGCUGACGUGAGCCCUGCAAUUCUGUGUUGCAUGGGCAUCUUCUCUAUGACAUACAAUUACCAGGACUGGAAAUUGCCUCUUAAAAUAUGGAUCAAAUCUCAAGCUGAAGAACGUCAGCAGUUGCUCUACCAGCUUGUUGAGAUGUUUCUUGAGCCCAGUUUACAGUUUCUUAUGGGAAAACAGAUAAUUUACCAACAAGGGGAUGAAAACUACAGCUCACAAAGAGGGAUGUUUCUCACAGAAGCAACUGUGGUACAUACAUUUUGUAAACUUUAUAAGGCUUUAAUACAACAUAUGUCAGAAGAGGUGACUGAGGAUAUAAAGAAAUGUUUCAUGUUUACUUGCAUAUGGUCUUUUGGAGGAUGGUUGGACUCUCAGGAAAAAUCUAUUUUCAACAACUGGUGGAGACAAGCUCUCAGGAAUCAUAUUACAUUCCCCACAGAAGGAGAGGUCUGGGACUAUCACAUUGACAAUGAAACGCGACAGUUUGUCAGAUGGCAAGACAUGCUUUCUUCCUAUUCUCCCAACCCUGGACAAGGCAUUGCCUCUGAUGCUUUUGUUCACACAGUCCAUAAUGAGCAACUUUUGUUCCUCUCAAGCCUCUUGACUAUGUCAGGUAGUCAUGUCAUGUUGGUGGGAAAUGCAGGCUGUGGAAAAACAUCCAUUAUGCAGGAGCUCCUCAGUUCUCUUUCUACUGGUGAUGUCACCGAGCUCUUAGAGGUCAGAAUUCCAAUCAACAGUUCAACAGAUCCUAGGAAAUUUUGGGACUGUUUAAAAGAAAAACUGGAGUGGCGACAUGGUACAUUGCAUACACCAACAGGAAACAAGAAAUUAUUAUGCUUGCUUGAUGAUCUCAACCUUGCUAAGGUUGAUGAGUAUGGAAAUCGAUCAGCUUGUGAAUUUGUUCGCCAAUUGGUUGACCAAGAAAGGCUAUUUGACACAGCCUCUUUAAAAUGGAAAACCAUUAGAGAUAUUACUUAUGUCGGCACAUGGAAUUUUAAUGCCAGAGAAAGAUAUCCUUCUCGAUGUCAACGCUUGCUCAGGCAUUUCUGUGUCUUUUACUGCCAAUAUCCAAGUCAAAGAGAUCAGCGUGGAAUAUUCACAACAAUUCUAAAUGCUCAUUUUUUGCAACAACUUCCGGAAUACAAGGCUGGAACCUUAACUGCUGCAGCCACUGACCAACUACAAGAAUUUCUGACAUCCAUAGCUUCCGUUUCCAUAGAACUGCAGGAGAGAUUGAGGACAAUAUUUCUGAGAACUUCUCAACGCUGUCAUUAUAUUUUCACACUUAGGGAUCUCAACAAAGUAUUCAGGAAUAUCUGCCUUUCUCUGGAUGGAAGCACUACAGCUGAGAAGCUCUUGUGUUUGUGGAGACAUGAAUGUGACUGGGUCUAUGGACAUAAAAUGUCAAGUUCUGUGGAUUACAGCAGAUAUCAACUAGAAUUUGCUAUUGCAGCUAAAAAAGCCUUUGCCAAUGAAAGAGAGUUGCAGAUUAUCCUGAGUCAACAACAGCCUUUGUUUAGCAACGUAGUGGAAGAUGAUGGUGGGUUGAUAACUACUGUGGCUAAACAGCAGGACAUUAAAAACUACAAGAGGAGUGAGAAGAUGAAUAGUGCUGUUCACAUCCUAGACGGUUACCAGCAAACAUUUAAUUUAGUCCACGUGAAGCAAUUAUUAACAGAGGCGCUCAGAGAAUACAACAAAUCAAAUCCUCGAAUGAACAUCACUUUUUAUAAGGAUACAAUUGAGCUCUUAUGCCGCUUGACUCGAAACCUGGGUAGUUUUUAUGGGAGUUCUCAUACAAUGCUUUGUGGAGGUGGAUGCCCCAGAUCAAGUUGCUUACUGGCCCGGCUUGCCGCACAUCUUUCUGCCUUCAGUGUGGUGCACAUAGGUUCACAUGACAAAACUCAAACGGAAGAUCAAAGAGUCAGACGCUUCAAAUCUCAGCUAGUAGAUUGCUACGUAAAAGCUGGUUUAAAGGGCCAGAGAAUAAUGAUUUUGCUCUCAGAAGAAGAAAUUGAUUCAACAGUUUUGGUACAUAUGACAGAAUUUGUUGUUUUUGGAUCAGUAUCUCACCUCUUUACACCUGAACAACAAGCAACUAUAGCUAAUGCUAUGAGAAGUGAGGUGACUAAUGUUGGUCUGACAUAUUCCAAGGAAAGUGCAUGGAAUCUUUUCCUGCAGUCUGUACAGCAAAACACUCGCUGGUUCCUCAUUUACAGCAACUCAGAUUCUACAUUUUACAAUUGGUGUCUUGAGUUCUCUUCACUUAUUAACACAAUAAAUGUUUACUUUAUCCCCCAUUGGUCACGGGAAGAUCUAGUGGAGCAUGCAAGUUACCAUAUACACGAUCUAGCAAUGCUGACUCCACAAGACACAGAGAAUAUAUGUCACCUCUUAGCAUCCAUGCACUUAUCUGUCAUUAAACAUGAGAGAUCAACCCAGGAUGGAUAUGCAAAUAUUACAAAUGCUACUUUUGAGAAAUUUGCUGAGUGUUUCAGAGCGCUUAUCAAAGAUCAAUAUGCCAUAAUUGUGGCUGAUCAUCAAAUGGCAAAAGCACAGUUUGAUCACAUAACAGAAAAGCUAAAACAGCACACUAAUCUAACAGAUGACCUUAAACAUCAGAUGGUGGUUCUUGAAGAAAAUAAGGAAGGUGCUUUGCAAAUAUUACAUCAGAUUGCACAGGACAAAGCAAUGGCUGAGCAGAAAAUCCAAACUGUCUAUCAACAGUUACAGAAAAUAAAGAAAUUCCGUACACUUCUCCCUGAGUAUCAGUUGGCCCUUGAGAAAUCACAAUACAAAUGCUCAGCUAUUUUAGCAGAUAUUAAGGAUUUAGUGCAGAAUAUGGAUAUUAGAGCAUUGGGAGAAUUGCGUGCAAUGCAGAAACCUGAUGUGGAUUUAGAGGAAUUAAUGGCCUCUAUAAUUAUAAUUCUCAAAUCACCUAACAAUGACCUUACCUGGGCAAAGGGAGCAAAAAGGCAGAUGGCAAAUAUUGAUCGAUUCCUGAAUGAACUAAUAGGCUUCAGCAACACAGAGUUGUCACAGUCUACCCUAGAGCUAUUAGAGACUAACAUUAAGAAAACACAGUUUACCUCUGAGAAUAUGGAGAGAAAAUCUGGUGGAAAUAUAGCAGCAGCCAGCCUGUUAAGAUGGCUACAGGGGGCAGUGCGUUACUACAGGUUGUUAAGCUCUAAGGUUAAACCGUUACAGAAAAAAGUCGAAGGAAUUAGCCUUGCAUUAGAAGAAGCAGAACAGAAAAUGGCAUCCCUGCAGCAAAAAAAGAAAUCACUUAUAAUAAGACUAAGUGAUCUAGAGAAAGCGUUUGAAGAGGCCACCGUACAUAAAAAUGAGCAACAGCACAGGACCAUUGAAAUCUCACAAAAGUUGGAUCAGGCUGCAACUAUAACAAAGCUUCUUGAAAAGGAGAAGGAGAAAUAUGCGGCUAUUGUAAACUCCUUUCAAGAUCGACUUAGUGGGAUGCCAGGGACUACAGCCAUUGCUGCCGGAUUGGUGUCUUAUUUAGGGACUUAUGAGCACAUGUUCCGACAAUUUAUGCUAACUGUUGAAUGGCCUAUGGCUUUGAAAGAACGAGGAUUCCCAUUAAUGGUUGAUUCCAUUGACCCAGUCAGAGGACGUACAGUUGAAUUUAGUGUGAUCUUCACUUGUGAAUCUCCUAGAGAGAAUGAGAAAGUUGAUCAGAAACAGGAAUUUGAAGUUGCAAAUGGAGAAAUUAUAAAUGGUUACAGUGGUCAAGAAGAGACAAUUCUGCCUAGCUCGCUUUUACCCAACCAGUUUGCACCAAUAGUUACAGAGGAACUGUAUGAGGAUUAUAUCAUGGCAUUAUUAAUGAGGAUUGUCAGACAGGAUGUGAUACAAAUGUGGGCAGCAAAAGACUGGACCCCGCAACAAAUGGAAAAUGCAGCUAUACUUGUAUUUGCUUGGCAAUGCCCUCUUUUGCUUAUAGACCCAUUCUUUGAAGGGGAGAAAUGGGUGCAAGAUAUUCUGCAAGUGCCUUAUGGCAAUGUAUUCUCUUCUAUAAAUCUCCAGGCCAGACAAGAUAGCAGUGUUUUGGCACCAAUUGAAAAGACAUUUGUAUCAGGAUAUCCACUGAUACUUCACAACUACAGUAAUAAAUGGGAUGACUUGCUGAUGCCUCUUAUUGAUCAUUGUAGUGCUAAUGUUGAUGGAAGCAGUAAUCAAGACUCCUUCUCCAUCAUAUCCUUCAAUGGCCAUAGAGUUUUGUGCUCAGAUCAGUUCAGACUUUACCUGGCAGCCUCAGAAGUUGAGCCUCAUCUUAAUGUUGACAUUAGUUCAGGAUCAACAAUACUAAAUUACAGUCCUUCUGAGGAAAGUCUACUAGAGUUGUUACUUCGAAAAGCAUUUGCAAAGCUUCAGCCCGAUCUUUACUGCAAACUAAUGACUACAGCUGCUACAAUCCUGGAACACCAACAAAGUUUAACACAACUACAAAGAAGAGCAAAGGAUUAUUUUAUGUCUCUGCCAUUAACAAAUGAAGUUGACACAUUUACAAUAAUCACACUUUUCAAUGAGCAGAACAAAGUUUCCAAAGAACUUAAAAAGGCAAAAUCGCAAUACAGUCAACUUAUUCAGGAAAGAAACAAGUUGUAUCCCCUUGCCCAGCGAGGGGCUCUGUUUUAUUCAAUACUGAAGUCUUUACGGGCCCUUGCUGUUGAUUAUUACUUCUCCUUAGAUGCUUUUCUGAAGAUUUUUUACUCUGUACUUGAAACUCAGAAAUAUCUUAAUCAGGUUGAAGACAAGAACUUUAGAGAGGGCUCUGAUGCUACAAAUCCAGCUCCAGCUGAUGAAGAUUCUGGCACUAAAACAACUGUAAAUGUUCUGGAUGAAGAAACAUUUGAUAAACAAGAUACUCUGCCAGCUUCCGAAGGACAGGAGCUCAACAGCUCUGCAGGGGAACAGUUCUUCACUCUGACAUCCAGUCAGAUUAGUAAACUGAUGGAUCAAUUAACCCACGCAGUUUACCAGACCAUAAUUCAGAGCUUGCUUCCAGAACACAGUGUUCAGGCCUGUGCUUUGUUUUUCUUUUGUAUGCAGCAACAGGAAAACGAAAAUGCUUUCACGGACAAAGAGUUUGAUUUUUUUGCUCAAGGAAGCUUUGUUCUUGAUAAAUUGAUGAAUAAAUGGAAUGAAAUUGGCACUAAUAUCAGUGCACCAACAUGGCUGCCUCAGGAAACAUGGGAAGAUGUAUUGGCAUUAUCGGUCACUCCAGGCCCAUUGAGACAUUUUUGUUUGCAGAUAGUAGAGAACUCUGCAGUAUGGGAAGAAUGGUACAACUCAUUCUCUGGACGUUUUGGAUAUGAAGUGACCGAUAAAGAAGCUGUCGCUCAUCUUCCUAAUUGUUGUGACCCACGACUCAGUGACUUCCACCAGUUGCUGGUGCUGCGUGCUCUACUUCCAAAUCAAUUUCCUAUUGUUUUAUCUCGCCAUGUUAGAAGAUUAUCCAGAAAUCUUGGAUUAGACAACUCGUUUCAAAGCCUUUAUGAAAUAGCAAAAAUUGAAGAAAACCUACUUGGUGUAGUAGUUAUCAUGCCUUCUACAAAUUCCAAGCAAUCUUAUGGGGGUACAGUGUUCAGUCAUGAGCCCAUAUUAGCCAUCUGCAAUGCUGCCAAGGAGAAAGCUAUCCAUCUGUCUAUAGUAAGUAUGAAGAAUGGCAAUGAAGAUCAUGUGAAAUCAGCACUAAAUGAUACAAUGAAUCAAAACGGGUGGCUUAUCAUAGAGAAUAUUCAGCUGGUACCGAAGUCUGUAUUAAAGAAUCUCCAUAAAAGCCUGAUGUAUGCCAUGAAGAUGAGAGAUUCACAGAUGGAAGGGAGGCAGUUUUGUGUCUGGCUGAUGUCUGAGCCUGGAGCACAUAUUCCCAAUUGCUUUCUCGCUCAGUUAAAAAGGGUAUCCUGGCACUACUUUCUGUCACAUGACAUAAGCAGAAGGUUGCUACUGAAGGAAGUGGAAUAUAUUGAUUCAUUCCCAGGACUACUAUCUUCAGCUAUCGGGACUGCAUUAGAUCAUGUAGAAGAAGCAACACUUGUGAAGCUAAAGGAGGAAUCUAUCACUGUUAGGGCAACAUGCUUUGGAAUCUGUGUACUACAUGGAAUUCUCCAAACCCUGAAAUUAUUUCCAAAUACAGGACUAAAUGAUUUAAUCGCUAUGGGGCCUAUUCAGCUAAAUCAGGCCAUUGAUAUCGCUGUAUCUGCUUAUGAUAAAAUGAAAAACCCCAGAGACUUUUCUGAUGCUGUGAAGGAGGGAGUGAAUGGUGUGUAUGGCAGUCUUACAGUAUGCUCUGAACAUACAGCUUACAUUCAAGCACUCGUGCAUGAAAUCAUUUGCUCCAGCCUAGAACAAAAGGGUUUACUUACUAUUGGUCAUCUCACCAUUCCUAUUCCACCUGAUAAUAUGGAGCCCACAAAAUAUUCCAGAUGGUUGUCUGACAACAUGCUAGCAAAAUAUUCUGCAGAAGAUCUACUUUUACCAAGGGCCAUUGAGGAAGCUGCCAGUAGGACAUAUGCUACAGAGUUUAUGCUAUCCUUGUCCACGGUAUACAAUUCCAUGAAGAGAAGCUUUUUCACACCUGAUAGUAACUAUACUACAAACAACCUGACCCAGUUACGUGCAUCUAUAGAUAUUAUAUCAGAGCAACUUCCUCCAUUAAUACAGAUUGAUGAAGUUCAAGCAUCAGUUUAUGAACCAAUCACAAGUAAUCAAGGGAUCACAAGAGAACUGCAAACAAGCAAACACGUUCUUUUACAGGAAUGCAAUUGGAUAAACACAUUCCUGAAAGACAUAAAACACAGUGUUGAAGAGCUCUCACAAUUCUUGAUUGUUGGUUUACCUGCAAUACCAGAGAGAUAUCUCAGAGAGAUUGCAGAGGCUUUACAGAAAUCAGAAGUUCCACAAUCAUGGCUUUACCCACACAGGCAACAUCCGGCAUCACACAGUUUAUUAAGCUGGCUGCAAGAUCUUCAUAAGAAACACAAGCAGCUAAAGCAGUGGGUGAAGAAAGGUUUAAUGCCAUUUGCCAAAAGUGAAAAAGAGGCUAUGACUUCUAUUUACCUUGGUGGACUAAACAAUCCAGAGGCCUUAUUAAUUGCAUUAAGAGUGGAAUUUGCAGUCCAUCAUGGAUAUACACUGCAUGAGGUGGUACUCCAGUGUCACAUAGCUGAAUAUCCUGAUUACAAGCCUGAUACAGAGGGAUAUCAGUUGUACCUCGAGAGUCUAAUUUUACAAGGUGCAGAAUGGGAUUUUAAAAAUAACCAUCUAAAGAAAUCAAGGAACAUUGUGCAAAAUCUACCAUUUGUCAUAAUAACUCCUGCAUUUUUUGGUAAUGUAAAACCGACUGAAGAUGGAACUGAGAUAUAUGAGUGCCCUGUCUACAUUGACAGUACAAUGCAGUGUUUUGUGAUGAAACUUCCUCUUCUGUGCACUAAACCUAUACAACAAUGGCAUCUUAGAAGAGUAGCUAUAAUUUUAAAUCAAGAUCUUAAUGCAAACAAUUUUGGGAUAACUACAGCAUCUGAAAUGGAGGAACAGCAGAGAAACUUUCAAAUAAAAAACAUUCUUACACAAAUGGAUAUAACAUCACACAUAACUAUUCCCAAUGGAACAAAUGAAAAAAACAACUCAGUGCUAGAGAUACCAAACAAGGAUAUAAGCAUUGAUGCUCAAACAUUUACUUCUGAGAAUGCUCUUACUGACAAGUUAUUAUUGGACAGUGAUCAGGGCUCCAUAUUGCAAGAUUUUCACGAUGAGAUGAUUGUUGAGAAUACAGAUGCAGCUUUUUCUCCCCUCUUCAAUGACAAUAUGAUACCAAACCAGGAAAACGAGGAGAUUGUAAGAGAAAAGAAAACCAGCACACAUGACAAAAUAUCUCUCUUUGGUAAUCAGGCAUUGGAAGUGAAGAACGAAGAAGUCAUUGAAGGAAACAACUUUAUUGAAACAGAACGAUCUGCAGAUGGAGGCGAAGAACAAAAAACGCUUAGAAAAUCUUCAACUGUGUAUACAAGGACAUCAGAAUACGCGUAUACCAAUAAUGUUAAUGGUCAUGGACAUAACAAUGAGACUGAUAUUGACAGUCAUAUUUCCUCUGAUGAAGAUCUUCAAGGUGUGAAUGAUUAUGAGGCUGGUGAAAAUCAGGCUAGCUCCAAUUAUGAAUGGAAUGUGGAGGAUAGUAAUGUACAGGACUUUGAUUACAAUAAUGAUAGCAAAUAUGCUAGUGUUGGUGAUGAAAACAAGGAUAACACUAAGAGACAUAGCAGUAACAGUUAGAGGAGUACAGGAAGUCAGAAAAGCAUCAGUGAAUUUGUUGGUGCUUGUAAAGACAGAUAAGAUGUUACCAGUUUAAAAAAAUAGCUGUAUGCUAAGGGCCUAUACAGUAAGCAGGCUCAGUCAU